AUGGCCGCUGAGCAGUGGAAUUCGUUGCGAGCAAAUCUUAGGAUAGAUACAUCUGGGGGAUGGGCGUCGUUGCACUACCAAUCCGUCUCCUUACAGCCGCGCAAGACUCAGCAGACUCGGUUCUGUACCUGUAGCCCUUUCACGCAUGCCAUGGGAUGUCGGGCGAUUGGUGCGAUGAUCUAG